GCCAGAGCAACUGAAUUCAUUUGAUCCUUGAGAGAGCCAUAUCUGAUCAAGCAGGGCCCGGAAGCCUCAGACUCCUCCUUCCCAAUCCCCUUCCGCUAGAAAAUCGCCUUUCACAACGAUUAGUUGUCGUACCCAGAUUUUCCUGCAGCUGUUCACAGACAACCAUCAAAAUUUCCUUCCUUGAGGAUCUUGAGUUUGAGGAGGAAGAAAGUAUGGGUGCAGGAGCCAGCGCCGAGGACAAAAAGUCCAAGGAGUUGGAAAAACAACUCCAAGAAGAUGCUGAUAAGGAGUCUAAAACGGUCAAGCUAUUACUGCUUGGUGCUGGUGAGUCGGGGAAGAGCACCAUCGUUAAACAAAUGAAGAUUUUGCAUCAAGGUGGUUACACAAAAGAGGAACAACUGGAGUUCAGAGCGAUCAUCUAUGGCAACAUCCUGCAAUCUGCUCUGGCUAUCAUCAGAGGCAUGGAGAUGCUUGGCAUUGAUUUUGGCGCAUCGUCUGGACAGGAGGAUUCACAGAAGCUGCAAAACUUGUCAGACUCUAUCGAGGAAGGCACAAUGCCUCCUGAGCUGGCUGAUGUUAUCCAGAAGUUGUGGAAAGACUCUGGAGUGCAGGCCGCCUUUGACAGAGCUGCUGAGUACCAGCUCAAUGACUCUGCUGGCUACUACCUCAAUGAAAUGGACAGAAUCUGCAAGGCAGACUACAUGCCCACUGAGCAGGAUGUGCUGCGAUCUCGAGUCAAAACAACUGGUAUCAUUGAAGAGCAGUUCUCCUGCAAAGAGCUGCACUUCAGGAUGUUUGAUGUGGGUGGCCAGAGGUCAGAGAGAAAGAAGUGGAUCCAUUGUUUCGAAGGUGUGACUUGCAUCAUCUUUUGCGGAGCUCUCAGUGCAUACGACAUGGUGCUCGUAGAGGACGAUGAAGUGAACCGUAUGCACGAGUCCCUCCAUCUGUUCAACAGUAUCUGCAACCACAGAUUCUUUGCACUGACCUCCAUCGUGCUUUUCCUCAACAAGAAGGAUCUCUUUGAAGAGAAGAUCAAGAAAGUCCACUUGAGCAUCUGCUUCCCAGACUACGACGGCCCCAACACAUACGACGAUGCCAGCAACUACAUCAAGUCGCAGUUCCUGGAGCUGAACAUGAAGAAGGGUGUGAAAGAAAUCUACUCUCACUUGACUUGUGCCACAGACACAAAAAACGUGGAAAUUGUGUUCAACGCUGUGACAGACAUCAUCAUCAAAGAAAACCUUAAGGAUUGCGGUCUCUUCUAAGCAGCUGCAGAGUGGAAAGAAGAAAUUCCUCUCCUACCUUAACCCCUCAUAUAUUGGCAUUAACUAAGGAGCGCAAAAGAUGGAGCACAAGGGAUCCUCAGAUUGUUGUGUUUACACCAUCGCUUCCAUGCCAAGACACGACCCUUGACUGAUCCUAGCACCUCAUCAUCUCCAACAGUUACACACCCCUGCAACACAGUGCAUGUCCAGCUGGGUUGAAGCAAGUAUCAAGCACCCAUAUCAACAUCGUGGACAUACAGCUUUCUACAAGACUCUUUCAUUUUUCUAAACUACGCUAUUUUUCUCACACCAAAAGCUGAAAGUUUGAAGGUAAGAACAGGAAAUAGUUGCUGAUUCCAUCCUUUGACUUGUGUGUCAUGAGUUUUAUUUACUAUUAAAGCCAAGCUCUGUAAAAUAAACUAAAUAAAAUAAAACAAUAACUCUGGGAUUUAUAAAUAUUUUGAAUAGCAACAUCUCAAUUUUAUUUUAUUUUAUUUUAUUUUAUUUUUGAGUACAGUAGUCUCUGUGGUCUUGAUAAUUAAACUGUGUAAGUUGCUGAGCAAAUAUCCCAUUCCCAGUCCAAAAAAAUGUACAUGUAUCUACAUAGUGUUGAUGUAUUCAUUUCGCUUAACAUUUUAAUGUGAUGAAUAAUUUUCAGGACAUCAAACAUGGUAGAGAAACUUUGUACAUAAGAGUAGAUAAUGCAUUAUAUUUUGAAAGAUAAUCUAUGACAGAGGGAAACACUAGAGGGACGAUGCUUUAUUAUAAAAAAGGGAUUGAAAAAUCUACAGAGUUUGUCCUUUCUUAUGAAAUGUAGAGGCAUGAAAUAAAGACGCAUUAACUUCA